AGACAGUAUUUUGUUGAUGUUGUCGUUGGUAACCAAUUGAUGAAAUUUUGUUUAUUAGCAACAUUUUUGACGUGCUUUGCACUGAUAGCUCCUCUCGGACCCGUCAUGGCAUCACCCAAACUUUUAAGUCUUGAAUUUGAGGUUUUCGGCAGAGUGCAAGGCGUUUUCUUUAGAAAAUACACGCAAAAGCAAGGCAAAGAACUUGGUCUUCGAGGGUGGUGUAUGAACACGCCACAAGGUAGCGUCCUCGGUCAGCUUGAAGGAGAAGCGUCCCAAGUGGAAAAGAUGAAAAAUUGGCUCAGGAAAACUGGAAGUCCUAAAUCAAGAAUUGACAAAGUGGAUUUCAGAGGAGAGAAAACAGUACCAGAGUACUCAUUUGUUGACUUUUCUGUCCGCCGUUGAAGAUAAGGCACGCAUAAUUGAACCUUUUUAAAUCAUUAACUUAUGAGUUGCUGAAAUGCCCACUUAAAUAAGACUGAGAUAAUGACUGAAAAGAGUGACACUGACUUUCUACAUUUAAAAUUCCAAAACUGGAAUGGCUUGCCAUCCAUUGUGAUAGUGAUACAAAUUUGCUGUCCUGUCAAGUUUUAUGCAAACAAUCAAUAAAAUAAGCAAAACAGUCAA